AUGUUUAUGCAUGUUUCUUCUGUGGAUGCAAGUGAGUCUACAACCUUGCAUUGGACGUGUCUUGUUUGCAGUUGUACUGCAGAAGUAGACGUUGCAACGCCUUGCAACUGCUUCCUCCCAUUGCCCAUCCAGUUAGGCUGCCUGUCACGCCUGUCUCCUGGACUUUCCGAAGACCGGGAAGUUCAUCAACCGAGAGAUUCAUCUCUGGCCCCUGGAAGCGCGACAGCAUCAACCUCCGGCUCGCCCAGCUCACCCCGCCAGAAUGACCAAUGGGUGCCCUGGGAGGAGCUGGCAAAGCCGUCGAUCGAAGCUGCGGCUGAGCGUUGGCGUGGGCUGCAGCUGCGGACUGUGACGGGUCGUGGACAUGUUAUUGAACAAUGGGAGGGCGACCUGCUGAAUGAGUUCAUGCAUUCCUAUGCCAAAGAGGCAUAUGAUUAG